AUGAAUGCGAAAACCAACAAUUCAGAUAGUAAGCAAGAAAUAAUGGCUGCAUUAUGUGGUUCUACAGUAAUUACACAUUAUAACCGUAAAACAUACAGAGUUGAUGAUGUAGACUUUACCAUGAAUCCUUUAUCAACUUUUGAACAAAAUGGUGUUGAAGUAACAUACAAAGAUUAUUAUAAAAAAAUGUAUGAUGUUGAAAUCAAAAAUCUUCAACAGCCCAUGAUUAUUACGAAAGCAAAAAAAAAAGAUAUAAAUAGAAAAAAUGCAGAUGAUUUGAGUAUUUGUUGCUUAGUUCCUGAGCUUUGCAAUUUAACAGGGUUGACUGAUGCGAUGAAAUCAGACUUUAAACUUAUGAAGGCUCUUCAAACCCAUACUUUGGUUACACCAGAAGUGCGACAAAAUGCUAUAGUUGAAUUUGUGAAUCGUAUAAAUGCUCAUGAAGGAGCUAGUAAGAAAUUUAAAGAUUGGGGCCUAAUGAUGCGUCCAGUCCCAGUAAAAAUGGAAGGUCCGGUUUAUAAAAGAGAAACAAUAUUACUGGGAAGUAGUAUCAGAAAACAAGUUGGAGUAAAUAUGGACUGGGGAAUGGAUGUAGCAAAAAAUGCAAUGUUUGUUGCUGUGAGCAUGUUAAAUUGGGCAAUUAUGUAUAAUCAAAGAGAUGAAACAACAGCUAAAUCAUUUUGCAAACAAUUAGUUUCAUGCGGCCGUCCUCUUGGUAUGGAAAUUAAUCCUCCAAAACCAAUUAAAGUUCAGGGGACAAAUCCAGAGGUCUUUGUUAGUACUAUAAAUAAUACAUUGAAGAAUAAUUCAGAACUACAACUAGUUGUUAUUAUAUUUCCAAAUCAAAGAGAAGACCGUUAUAAUGCUGUGAAACGGAUUUGUUGUUCAGAAAUUGGAAUUCCAUCUCAAGUAAUUGUCUCAAGGACAUUAUCCAAGCCAGAGCGGUUACAAUCAAUUACUCAGAAGAUUGCUUUACAAAUUAAUUGUAAAUUAGGUGGUGCUUGUUGGGCUAUUGACAUCCCGUUGAAAAAUACUAUGAUAGUAGGAAUUGAUGUAUACCACGAGAAAGGUAAACAAAUGAGUAGUGUUGUUGGUUUUGUAGCUUCAAUGGACAAGACAUUUACUGAAUGGUAUUCAGUCGCUGCAAUGCAAAGGAGUACCCAUCAAGAACUUAUGAAGUCUGUGCAAGAUGCGUUCCAUAAAGUGGUGACGCAGUUUAAAGCAAAAAAUGGGUUGUUGCCUGAAAAAAUAAUUAUUUAUAGAGAUGGUGUAUCUGAUGGAGAUUUAAAACAAGUAGAAGAAAUUGAACUAUCAGAUUUGAUUGAAUCAUUUAAAAGUUACCCUGGACAAUAUAAUCCAAUGGUUUCUUUAAUAAUUGUGCAGAAAAGAAUUAAUACUCGUGUUUUUCAAUACGCUAAUGAAAAAUAUUCAAAUCCAAGUUCUGGAACUGUUAUUGAUAAUACUGUAACCAGAAGAAAUUAUUUCGAUUUUUUCUUGGUCUCCCAACAUGUUCGUCAGGGUACUGUUAAUCCUACUCAUUACAUUGUACUAAAAAAUGGAUGUAAUUUAAGUGUUGAAAAUAUUCAAAGAUUAUCCUACAAAUUGUGUCACUUGUAUUAUAAUUGGUGUGGUACAGUAAAAGUUCCUGCUCCUGUUCAAUAUGCACAUAAACUGGCAUACCUUAUAGGGCAAAAUGUUAGACAAAUGCCAAGUGAUAAAUUAUGCAACUCUCUAUUUUUCCUGUAA